GACCAACAAUUUCAAGCAAGGCGAUUUGGAGAAGAUUUGGCAGAAGCUUCUGUUUUGACAGUUUCCUCAGACGAAAUCCAGACGAAAUCGUGAAGGGGAACCUGACAGAGGCAGUUAACGAACAAACAGAUGGGUUGGGCCAUAGCACUACACGGCGGCGCCGGCGACAUCCCGCUUUCCCUUCCACCGGAGCGCCGCCAGCCUCGCGAGGAGGCCCUCCGCCACUGCCUCCAAAUCGGCGUGGAAGCUCUCAAGGCCAAACUGCCUCCUCUCGACGUGGUUGAACUUGUCGUUCGGGAGUUGGAGAACAUUCCGCAGUUUAACGCGGGAAGGGGAUCUGUGCUGACUUGCAGAGGCACCGUGGAAAUGGAAGCUUCCAUAAUGGACGGCACCACUAUGAAUUGCGGAGCUGUUUCCGGCCUCACUACCGUCGUCAACGCCAUCUCUCUUGCUCGAUUGGUCAUGGAAAACACGCCUCACAUCUAUCUCGCUUUCGAUGGAGCAGAGGAAUUUGCAAGACAACAAGGCGUUGAGACUGUGGAUUCAAGCCAUUUUAUUACAAAAGAAAAUAUUGAAAGGCUAAAGCAGGCAAAAGAAGCUAACAGGGUUCAGAUUGAUUAUACGCAACCUAUCCAAAAUGAUACUAAGAAAGAGACCGCAUUGGCUAAUGGUGAUAGCCAAAUUGGAACUGUUGGGUGUGUGGCUGUAGAUAGUCUUGGGAAUUUGGCUUCUGCAACAUCUACUGGUGGAUUAGUGAACAAAAUGGUGGGUCGAAUUGGUGACACACCAGUCAUUGGUGCUGGUACCUAUGCGGAUGCACGUUGUGCGGUUUCAGCGACAGGCAAAGGUGAAGCAAUAAUACGUGGGACAGUGGCAAGAGAUGUGGCUGCUCUGAUGGAGUUUAAGGGUCUUUCUCUCGUGGAAGCUGCUAAUUGUGUUGUACAUGAGCGCACACCAAAAGGCACUGUUGGUUUGGUUGCUGUGUCUGCCAAAGGAGAAGUUGCAAUGCCUUUUAAUACAACAGGCAUGUUCAGAGCGUGUGCUACUGAAGAUGGAUAUUCUGAGAUUGCAAUUUGGCCUGCUGCCAAAAUAGAGUAGUCUUUAGGCUUUACUGAUUUCCAAGCUUAAUGUAUUCUGACAUUUGAUGAUGCUUCACGCAUGCUUAUAUCACAGGGAAAUCUAUCUGCUUUUCAAGGUAUAAAUAGUCGUUUGGUUCCUGAUCAUAGUCUUCCCAAGCGCCUCUUUAUCCGUUACACUCUGCUUUUUAUAUAGUUUGUGCUACAUUGUGAAUAUGAUAACCUUCUAUCAUUACCAAGGUGUUUAUAACCAUCAUCUUCCUUUA